AUGGUGAAACGGAUAUUUAUAUUUUUUGCCUUUUUCAUUUUAUUAUUUAAUAUUGGAUUUGGAUUAUCUCGAAAAGUUUGUAGUGUUGUACAGUUUGGAUAUCAUGCAUUAUCAACAAAUAAGGAUAUUAACAAACUAUACAAACAUAAGGUGGUUGGUGUUAUAGAUCCUUUUGACAAAAAUAACGUUUUAUGGAUGAGAAAAAAAAGAAACAAAAAAUUUAAUUUAAAUAUAUUUAAAAAAUUAUAUGAUAGUUUUUGUUGUAAUAUUAAUGAUUAUGUCAAUUUCCCAAAUGAAGAUCAAUUCAUUUUUCGGAUUUUCCACAUAAACUUAAAGAAUACUAUAAAAUAUAUGCUAAAAUAUAAAAUCAUAAGUGGUACCAUAAACAAAGGCCCUAAUAAUGACCAAAAUAUUUUAUGCUUAACAGAAAGGAGUAAAUUAUAUAGAUUUUUAAAUAAUGUUAAUAUUUAA